CUGUUUCAUUUCGCAGCGGGUCCUCACAGAGACAGCAGAGCGCGCACAAACACGCAGAGGGGAGGGGGAGCUGCUGCCUUUGCGGAAGCCAGUGGAGAGCCGAGGCGGCGCUAAAUCAAAUUACCAUACUAACUAGUUCUCUGUGCGCCGAUGUGAGGGGAACAGCCUGAAGAAAAGCCUCCGUUUUAAAGUCAAGACACCUACGAGUCCGGCCUCAUUUUGUUGGGAUCUUCCUGCCGUCCGCCUGCAGAGGAGAUGGGGGACAAGGCGGGCACCAGAGUUUUCAAGAAGUCGAGCCCCAACUGUAAGUUGACGGUUUACUUGGGAAAGCGAGACUUUGUGGACCACCUGGACCACGUGGACCCAGUCGAUGGCGUGAUCCUGGUCGACCCAGAGUACCUGAAGGACAGGAAAGUCUUCGUCACGCUGACCUGUGCGUUUCGAUAUGGACGCGAGGACCUGGACGUGCUCGGUCUAUCCUUCCGGAAGGAUCUGUACAUCUCCACCUUCCAGGCCUUCCCUCCGGUGCCCGAGGAGCGGAAACCCAACAGCCGGCUGCAGGAGAGGCUGCUGAAGAAGCUCGGCCAGCACGCACACCCCUUCUACUUCACCAUUCCUCAGAAUCUCCCCUGUUCAGUCACUCUACAGCCCGGACCCGAGGACACCGGCAAGGCCUGUGGUGUUGACUUUGAGAUCAGAGCUUUCUGUGCCAAGUCAAUGGAAGAGAAGAUUCACAAGAGGAACUCGGUGCGUCUGGUGAUCAGGAAGGUUCAGUACGCUCCGGAGAAGCCUGGUCCUCAGCCGAUGGUGGAGACCACCCGCAGCUUCCUGAUGUCCGACAGGUCCCUGCACCUGGAGGCAUCUCUGGACAAAGAGCUGUAUUAUCACGGCGAGCCCAUCAGCGUCAACGUCCACGUCACCAACAACUCCACCAAGACCGUCAAGAGGGUGAAGAUCUCCGUGCGUCAGUACGCAGACAUCUGCCUGUUCAGCACUGCCCAGUAUAAAUGUCCCGUGGCUCAGCUGGAGGCAGACGACCAGGUGUCGUCCAGCUCCACCUUCUGCAAGGUGUACACUCUGACCCCGACACUGGACAAGAACAGAGAGAAGAGAGGACUCGCUCUGGACGGGAAGCUCAAACAUGAAGACACCAACCUGGCCUCAUCCACCAUUGUGAAGGACGUCACCAACAAGGAGGUCCUGGGGAUCCUGGUGUCCUACAGAGUCAAAGUCAAGCUGGUGGUGUCCCGUGGAGGGCUGCUGCGAGGCUUAUUGGAGAGGGACGUGUCGGUGGAGCUGCCCUUCAUCUUAAUGCAUCCUAAACCUCCGGAGCCGCCGGCGUCCCGCCCGCAGUCAGCUGUGCCAGAAACUGACCCGCCCAUCGACACCAAUUUGAUAGAGUUUGAAACAAACAGCAUCUCGCAGGACGACGACUUCGUCUUCGAGGACUUCGCCCGCCUCCGGCUCAAAGGUGUUGUGGACGACAAGGACGAGGACUGCUAGGAGCUCGCCAACCCCUUCAUAUGCUCGCUUCAAAACCACAACACACACACACACUCACACACUGUUCACAUUCCCCAGGGAUGGAUGAGGGUAUAUUUGGACGGAGGCCUCGGAGGGGCUUGGUGGUGUUCUUCCUCUCUUGCUUCAGCCAUUCGUCACGCCACCCCACCAUUUUUCCGCCGUCUUCUCCAUCUGUUGUCUCUUGUUUCUCUUUUUUGCUAGAAAUUCUAAAUGUUAAGCAGCUGCAGGACAGAUGUUGGCACUGUGGAUGGGAACCUCUGCUGCUUGUCGUGGGCGGGGCUUUGAGAUAGAAAGCAGGAAGCUAAAGAAUCAGCAGCGUUCGUCCGCUUUGUUUUUGAAUGUUUCCCGACGAUCACCGUCCUGUACAAGCAGAAUAUAUAUUUGGAAAAAAAAUUGUUCGGUGGUGAUCGCCGCUUUCCUUCGAGUAAAUCCUGUAGAUAGUUUUUCUCGCGGUGGCUGCAGCGAGAGGAAAUACAUGUGCACACAAACACACACACUCAGAGAAGUCUUACAAGCGACUGAAGUUCGAUUUCACCAGCAUCCGCUCUCCUCCUGCUCCAACUGUCGUCCAUGUUCAGAAACGUUCGCCAUGUUCUGUCGGCUUUUUUUAAUUAUUAAAAAAAAACAUUCCAGUGCGGACACUUCAUUCAGAUCCCAGAGAUCAUUUUGCAAUCCUGCUUUUUAAGAAAUUACAUGAAAAGACGACAACCAAAACUUUAUCCACCCUCUCCGUAAGUGGAGCAAAUUUAACUCUUUAUUUUGGUUUGAUCCUGUUAAAGCUCAACAGUAAGCUGGUACUUGUCUGAAUACGUUGUUGGUUAAGAGAAUGAAGACGUGUAAUUGCAACAAUGUGACAGCGAACAAAUUGAAGCUAAAAACAAAGCAUAUAAAUUUGAGAUGGUACAGGAGGCCUGAUCACUGAGAGUCACGAUUCUUAAUUUAUAUCCUGGGUUGUUUUAGUUUUCUCUGAUGGAACUAAAGAACACUCUUGAGUUUAGUCACACUGGAAUCUUUUUUUUUUUUCCCCUUGAACUUUGGACUGGAUUUGGAGGUCGAGUCACUGGAUAGGUUUUUUACCUUUCUUUGAUCUGUUUCUGUUUAUUUCACUUCCAGAUUUACAGUUAAAGUCAACAAAACUGAUGCUAAAGUCUGUUUCUCUUGUUGCUUGUUAAAAUAGAAACGGUCUGAGACUCGGUGCGGCCGGUUUAACUCGCCAUUGUCAGCUCAUUGAAGGGAAACUCUGGUGCUCGUUGUUUGGUUUGUUGUCUUCACUCACUGGUCCAAACUCACUUUGAACAAGCAUUCAGAUGAAGUUAGUAUGAAGCUUCACCUCAGAGUUAAGUCAUCACAGGAAGCUGUGCUGUGCCUUUAAUGUUUCACUGUUGCCAACACGAUGAUCUUUGAACCUUGGUGACUGACAAGAACUCAGCUUUUUUAAAAAGAAAAAUUGUUGGUUUAAAACGUUUGGGCAAACCUGGGAUGUGUCAGUUUAGAAACACUGCGUGGUGUUAUUUUUCUCUAAUUAAGUUCAGGUCUUACAUUUUAGUUUCAGGGGAUAAACCAUUAAAUAUUUUGCUUAGUAAAUAUAACUUUAAAAUUAAUAUUAACUUUUUAAUAAAAUAAAACAACCACAUAUUCUUAUAAUUUCUAAUCCUUGAGAGCUUCUCUUUAUUUUAUUGUGUAGAUUGCAAAGAUACAUUUUAAAUUAAUGUUGUCACCAUUUUCUUUUCUGGAAUUAUUUCCAAUCUGGUAACAAAUAUUUCUGUGGCCUUUACUGUUGUUUAGUUUGUACUGUGAUGAUACAAUAUUUGGGGGUUUGUCCGGGAUUUGGCAGUUUCACCGUUAUUUCUAGACCAUCAAACACAGAUUACUUAAAUCCCACUAUUGUUUUGUUUGACACAUUGAAAGAUGCUGAUGACAGUGAACAGACUUACUCACUUUAAUGUUGACCUGUUCAAAUUUGACUUAUUUCCUGUGAAUGUUCGUAUUAAACAUGGUUGAAGUUUCUGAUAA